CCAAGUCUAGCAUCUCUUCCUCACCUAGGAAAAACCGUUUCCAACUCUACCAUUUUCCCACCAACCCUCCACUCUCUUCCUCAAAACAAUCGUUAAUCUCUUCUACAUUGUGAAGUCUGAUAUUCUCUAAGUAGACAACACAAACACACCUCAAUUUAUAGCACCCAUCUUUCUUUUCUCCCACAAAUUCAGCUCCAUUUUGUUACACGUUCAAAUAAUAAGCCAAGAAGCCACCAUGAUCUCUUCAAUGAAGUGCACAGCCUCAUCUCUCACAUGUUCCGCUUUCUCAAACAGAAAGAUUCCCAUUGCAAGGCCACAACUUGUCACGUUACCAACCAUUAACAACGUUGAACAAAACACGGGUCUCUCUCAGUUGUGUUCACAGAAACCGCUCUACCUUUCAUCCACUGAGAACUUGGCAUUGGUGAAGAGAAGGAGGGAGACUGAGUGCCAGGCCUAUGAAGCCGAUAGGUCACGGCCUCUGGAGAUUAACAUUGAGCUGCCGGGCGAAGAGGCGGCGCAGAGGUUCAAGAUUGGGCUGUAUUUUGCUACAUGGUGGGCUUUGAAUGUGGUGUUCAACAUUUACAACAAGAAGGUUUUGAAUGCUUUUCCUUACCCAUGGCUCACCUCCACUUUGUCCCUUGCUGCUGGCUCCCUCAUGAUGUUAGUCUCCUGGGCCACCAGGGUUGCUGAGGUCCCAAAAGUUAACUUGGACUUCUGGAAGGCCUUGUUUCCUGUUGCGGUGGCACACACAAUUGGGCAUGUUGCUGCAACUGUGAGCAUGUCCAAGGUUGCUGUUUCAUUCACUCACAUCAUCAAGAGUGGAGAGCCAGCUUUCAGUGUUCUUGUGUCAAGGUUCUUGCUCGGAGAAGCAUUCCCAAUGCCGGUAUAUCUGUCACUGCUGCCAAUUAUUGGUGGUUGUGCAUUAGCUGCAGUGACUGAGCUCAAUUUCAAUAUGAUUGGCUUUAUGGGGGCUAUGAUAUCAAAUUUGGCAUUCGUCUUCCGCAAUAUAUUCUCAAAGAAAGGGAUGAAGGGAAUGUCUGUUAGUGGAAUGAACUACUAUGCUUGUCUUUCCAUAAUGUCACUACUAAUUCUCACACCUUUUGCCAUUGCUGUUGAGGGCCCCAAGGUUUGGAUUGCAGGCUGGCAAACAGCUGUGUCUCAGAUUGGUCCCAAUUUUGUAUGGUGGGUAGCUGCCCAGAGUGUCUUCUACCACUUGUACAAUCAAGUCUCAUACAUGUCUCUUGAUCAGAUUUCUCCCUUAACAUUCAGCAUUGGAAACACAAUGAAGAGGAUUUCGGUCAUUGUCUCUUCCAUCCUUAUCUUUCACACGCCUGUUCAGCCCAUCAAUGCUCUUGGUGCUGCCAUUGCAAUUCUUGGCACCUUCCUCUAUUCACAGGCUAAACAUACUUUACCAAGACUCCCUCAAACACACACAAAACAAAACAUGGAGCUUCCACUCCUAGCACAUCAUGCACUCUUUGCACUAAGCUUUUGCAUCUCAAUUUUCUUGGCAUCGUGUGAUGAUGAUUUUCUAUCCGUGAAAAAGAAUUCAAGUUCAUCUCCAUUUCCUAGCAACUUUCUUUUUGGAACUGCAUCUUCUUCAUAUCAGUUUGAAGGAGCUUACUUGACUGAUGGUAAGGGACUAAAUAACUGGGAUGUUUUCACUCAUAAGCCAGGCACUAUAAUGGAUGGAACUAACGGUGAUGUAGCUGUUGAUCAUUACCAUCGUUAUCAGGAGGACGUGGAUCUUAUGGAUUACAUUGGAGUCAACAGUUAUCGCUUUUCUUUAUCAUGGGCCAGAAUUUUGCCCAAGGGUAGAUUCGGCAAGGUGAACUGGGCUGGCAUUGAUUAUUAUAACCAGCUAGUUGACACAAUUGUCUCUAAAGAAAUAGAACCUUUUGUCACAAUGUCACAUUAUGACAUUCCUCUGGAACUUGAGGAAAGAUAUGGAGGUUGGCUAAGUCCUGAAAUCCAGGAGGAUUUCAAGUAUUAUGCAAACAUAUGCUUCAAGAAUUUUGGAGACAGAGUCAAAUACUGGGUCACCUUUAAUGAACCAAACGUUGCAACUAUUCGUGGUUAUAGAACAGGGAUGUGGCCACCUUCUCGUUGCUCUGGUUCAUUUGGUAAUUGCAGCUAUGGUGGGGACUCAGAGAGGGAACCUUUCAUUGCAGCUUCUAACCUUCUCUUAUCCCAUGCGGUUGCCGUUGACCUAUAUCGAACCAAAUAUCAGAAAAAACAGGGAGGGAAAAUUGGAGUUGUGAUGAAUGCUAUAUGGUUUGAACCUGUCAGCAACUCCUGGAAAGACAAGUUAGCUGCUGAGCGAGCUCAAUCAUUUUAUAUGAAUUGGUUUUUGGACCCAAUUAUCAUAGGGGAGUAUCCAGCAGAAAUGCAUGAAAUAUUAGGACAAGACCUCCCAACAUUUUCAAGAUACGACGUGGAAAAACUCAAGUCCGGGUUAGAUUUCAUUGGAGUAAACCACUACACCAGUGCCUUUGCCAAAGACUGCAUCUUCUCUGCGUGUGAACAAGGACGAGGGUCUUCAAGGACUGAAGGUUUUACUCUAAGAUCGCCACAAAUGAAUGGUAUCAGCAUUGGAGAACCGACUGCACUUGACUGGUUGUAUGUCCACCCACAAGGCAUGGAGAAGAUACUGACUUACUUAAAGCACAGGUACAACAACAUACCAAUGUUCAUUACCGAAAAUGGAAUUGGGAUGAGGGAGAAUUCCAACCAUGCCACUAAAGAAAUCAUCAAUGAUGUCGAAAGAGUGGAAUACUUGCGUGGUUACUUGGAUUCCUUGGCAACAGCAAUAAGGAAAGGAGCAGACGUGAGAGGGUACUUUGUGUGGUCCUUGCUUGACAACUUUGAGUGGACUGAUGGAUACUCUAUAAGGUUUGGACUUCAUCAUGUGGACUAUGCAACUCUCAACAGAACCCCAAGAAUGUCUGCAUUUUGGUACAAAAACUUCAUUGCUCUUCAUGCCCCUCGUGCAGGCACAAGACCUCAGCAUACUCAAGAGUGACGAACAAUGGAAUGAUAUAUAGUUUACUUUCAAGGAAGAAAAUAAGCAGUCAUUUUCUUUAAUGGCAUGUUUAGUUUAGGAAAGAAAGUGAAAGGGAAAAAAUAGAAAGAAAAAAAAAAGAAUAGAAAGUGAGUUGAUUAUAUAAGUUAUUACCGUAUUUCUUUUUCCUAGUUUGGUUGUGAAAAAAAUGAAAGAGAAGAGAAAAAAUAUAUGUAUAAUGAUAUAAAUAUCUUUAAUAAAAAAAUAAAGUAUGUUAAAAUGUGUU